AUGGUUUGCCAGGGAGAUAAAGUAGCCAACUGGAAGUUUUUCAAACAGCAGUGGGAAGAUUACGAAGUCGCCACUGGCCUAGAAAAGCGAGAUGCGAAAAUUCGACUAGCCACGCUACGAUCAGUAAUGGGCAAAGAAUGUAUACAGAUAUUUAUGAAUUUAAAACUAACAGUUGAGGAGAGAAAAGAUGUAGAGAUAUGCAUCGGAGCACUUGAAGCACACUUCAAACCGAAAUGAAACGUGGUAUACGAGCGAUAUAAGUUCAACUUAUGUUCUCAGAAUGCAGAAGAGUCCGUAGAUGACUAUGUUAAUCGCCUCAGAAAACUCGCCUCAUCGUGUCAGUUCGGGACACUGACAGAUGAAUUAAUUAGAGACAGACUCGUGCUGGCAAUUAUGGAUAGAUCGACAAAAUUACGACUUCUCAAAGCAGGUGGUCUCAACCUAAACAAGGCUGUGAACAUGUGCCGCUCAAGCGAAAUUGCGAACAUACAAUUGAAGUCAAUGUCAACGACAAAAGAAACAGAAGAAGUAAGUGCUGUACAAGAAAAGGGAAACCGCCAUAAGUAUCCGUUGUCCAAAUUCCGAUCGGCUAGCCCGCGAGUUGGUAGUGCUAGCAACAGAGAUAACCAUGGCCAAGGCUAUAAGAAUUUCAAACAAAAAUGCUACCACUGUGGCAGAAAACAAGACCACAAACUUGAGAACUGUCCAGCGUUUGGACAAUCAUGCACUGCCUGUGGAAAACAAAACAAUUUUGCAGCAGCGUGUCGGAGUACAGGAAACCCAAGAAACACGAGAGAUGUGCGAGCCGUGAAACAGGAAGACAUACCUGUUGAUUCAUCUGAUUCAGAAGAAGAUGUAUCAUCUGUACGAUCGCAAGGGAAACAGUUAUACACGAAUAUGAAGUUCCAAGAUAUUGAAACAGAGUUUCGAAAGGACCUAGAGUGCCAACUUGACACUGAAACGACAUGUAACGUCAUGAGCUACGACGACUUGUCACGAAUAACCCAGAUCGGAUACCCAAAACUACACAGCUCGACAGCAAAACUCAUUUGUUUGAUGGUUCAAUGAUGAAACCUCUCGGUAUUGCUCAUCUAAAAGUCGAAAGAAACCAAGUCACCGAAAACUUAGUGUUCCAAGUAAUCGAGACCAAGAAUAGGCCCCUGCUGUCAGCAGAAACGUGCGAGAAAUUUGGGUUGAUCAAACUUAAUGUCGAGCCAGGCAACGUCGUCAAGGAAAGUUCACCACUUCUCAGACGUGAAGAAAUCCUAAGCAAAUAUAAAGACGUAUUCGAAGGUUUAGGACAUAUCGGAGACGUGAGUUUUUCGAUAGAUCCAGAGAGCAUGCCAGUGCAACACGUGCCAUGACGUGUCCCUGUAACACUUCACACAGAAGUUAAAGAGAAAUUGACUGAAUUAGAAAGGAAAGGUAUCGUUGUGAAAGAAACUGAUCCAACGGACUGGAUAAGUAGUAUGGUGGUCGUGGCGAAGCCAAACAAGAUCAGAAUAUGUCUAGAUCCCAAAGAUCUCAACAAAGCGCUGAAAAGACCGAAAUACCAAAUGCCAACCCUCAAAGAGAUGCUCCCAAAGUUAAGUAAAGCCAAGGUCUUCACCACUCUUAAUGCGAAGGACGGGUUUUACCAGAUAGCUCUAGAUGAAGCAAGCAGCAAACAGACGACAGUCUGGACCCCGUUUGGCCGUUACCGGUACUUGCAUAUGCCAUUUGGUGUCAAUACCGCUCCAGAGGAGUUCGAGUGCAAGUUACAAGAGAAACUCUCGGAUCUACGCGGCGUGGAAGUCCUGAGAGAUGACAUGUUGGUGAUGGGUUACGGAGACAUACAAGAAGAGGCGGAGAGAAAUCAUGACGAAAAUCUCAAGGGAUUACUCGAUAGAGCACGCGAAGUUAACUUGAAGUUGAACAGCAAGAAAAUGAACUUACGGAGGACAGAGGUGAAGUUCAUGGGGCACCUUAUCAGCAGAGAUGUUCUUAAACCUGAUCCAGAGAAGAUAACAGCAGUACAACAUAUGCCGAAGCCCACAGGGAAACAAGAAAUGCCGAGCCUUCUGGGCUUUAUCAACUAUUUGGCCAAAUUCCUACCUAAGCUAGCCGAAAUUGCACAGCCUCUCAGGGACCUGACGUUAAAGGACGCCAGAUUCUUGUGGUCAUCCCAACAUGACAAAGCCUUUGCUGAAGUGAAGAACCUGGUGAGCAAACAUCCCGUACUGAAGUACUACGACGUAAGUGAAGAAGUUACGAUUCAGUGUGAUGCAAGUGAAAAAGGGCUUGGAGCAUCGCUUCUUCAGAAUGGCCAACCGGUGGCAUUUGCCUCGCGGACAUUGACACAGAUAGAAAGACGAUAUGCGCAGAUCGAGAAAGAGUGUCUACCCAUUGUUUUCGACUGCCAGAAGUUCUCUCAAUACAUAUCGAGAAGAGAUAAAGUCACGAUAGAGUCAGAUCACAAACCUCUUCAAUCCAUUUUCAAGAAGUCACUAUUGGAAGCACCCUGUCGGUUGCAGAGAAUGAUGCUGAGGUUAAAGAGGUACAACCUCGAAGUAUUGUACAAACCAGGGCCGCAGAUGUAUAUUGCAGACCAUUUAUCGUGAGCCUCGGUGAAAGAUACUGGCACACCAGAUGAGGACUUUCAGGUUUUCGCCGUAAAGCUAGAAGGUAUCGGUCCCCUGAAUACGAUUAAGAUCAGCAGCGAGAGACUGGGUCAGCUACAGAAAGCAACCGAACAGGACCCGGUCAUGCAAACCCCCAAGGCAACCAUACUGAUGGGAUGGCCAACGGAGAGAGAAGAAGUACCAAUACAUAUCAAGGAGUUCUGGACAUAUCGCGAAGAGCUGACGCUGCACAAUGGAGUCUCGUUCAAAAGCCAACGUAUCAUAAUUCCCAAGGCUAUGCGCACAGAGAUCACUUCAAGGAUCCAUUCUAGUCAUCUCGGUAUCGAAGCUUGCCUGCACAAGGCAAGAGACGCAGUAUUUAGGCCCUCUAUGAACAGUGAAAUCUACGGUGGACGAUAA